AUGACUCUCACCGAUGACGAGCUCGACCGUGACUGGCAGCCCAGUGGCCGUCGCCCUCAAUCCACCAUCGCCCGCUCUUUUAGUGCAGAGUUGAUGGACAUCUUCCGCAUCGAGAACUCGCUCACCGACCUGGAUCAGCAAGUCCACGAUAAGAAGCAAACAGUCGACAAGAACACAGAAGAACUCGCCUCUCUCGAAGCCCGCAUCCGCGAAAUGGAAGAUCGCCUACGUCGCUCUGUAGGCACCACUCAGCGCUCUCCUCUUCCACAGGUCCAGACACAAAACAUCAACCAGUCCCAGACUCAGCAGCAGCAGCAGCCAAGCUCCCUCGAUGCUCCCACGGACGACUCUAAGGCUCGCUCUCGACCGGGAACAGCCCGCGCUUCUCAGCAAGCUCCCUCCUCGGGCAACAUGCCCCCGACCCCGGGUGCCAGUGAAGGUGAAUACUACGUCGUCACCCGUGAUGACUUGCAAGACGGCCCGCGCUGA